AUGUUUGGUCUGCCAUUAGGGUUGCUACUAUUGGCGCUGUUAAGCGCUACCAGUGCCCAGGGCACAUUCGAAGAUGCGGAGACUUCAAAUGAUUAUACAAGCGUCAUCACACACCAACAAUUCGAUCUGCGUCACACAAUACCCGGCGAACCUGAGGUCGAUUAUCCCAUCUACAGUGAGGUGCCGAAAACGAACUUUGAAUGUACUGGAAAACACGAAGGUUACUAUGCAGACAUGGAGACACGUUGUCAGGCCUUUCGCAUAUGUGCUCACACUGCGCGCGGUACCCAGGGCUUCGGCUUCCUCUGUCCCAAUGGCACACUAUUCAGUCAGAAGAAUUUCGUUUGCGAUUGGUAUCGCAAUGUCAACUGCGCCGAAUCGGAACAAUACUAUAGCAAAAACAGUGCAAAUCGCAUAGGCAGCAACUCAGAUAUGAUGGAGAAGGUACGUCAAAUGAUGGAGUAUCCGAUGAAGACGAUAUCACGCGCAUUACAAAAUAAACAAGCAUCGCAUCAUACACUCAAAAAACAAUUGGAACUCUCCGAAAGCGUAGUAGAUGUUGGUGAGAGUGCUGAUGUAGAACCACAAUCUAGCCGUGAUAGUAGUCAACGCGCUUAUUUGAACCGCAAGUCGGCUGUUACACGUGCACAAGUCGAAUCCGUAUCGAAGACCCUCGUAGAUAGCCAACAAAAACAAGUCGAAGAUACUAUUACACAGCAACGUAAAAGGUUACAGCAACAGAGACAACAACAACGCACCGAAACAACGACACAAAGUAGUAACACACAGCAGACAACAACGAAAAUCAGCGACGAAAAUGUUUAUGUGAAUAGUUUAGGUGAAUUAUCCUCCGAUCCGGGUGUUAAUUUCAAGCACGACAGCGCACGCAUUAUAGCCGAGUCGUCCAACCGCACUUAUAACAACGAAAAGAAAAGUCGUAGCAAUUUUGCUGAAAAGGUGAAUGUCGGCUUGAAUAGUCUCGCCGAAACAACCGUUCCUGAAGUGUUCGCACCAGAUUAUGUCAAGCACCUGCGCACAGACGAUGAAGAUGCAAUUUUGGCAGCAAACAUAAAUAAUUUGCUUGAAGAAGUCUCCGAAGAUUUGGAUACGAGUGUCUCUGGUUAUCAAGUGUCAGCGCCGCAGAAGAAUAAGACUUCGUUCAGGUUCCUAAGUCGUGGCUUCUCAUCGCAAAGUGAUCGCUCCAAGCGACCAUCCUAUGAAUAUGCCAAACCUAAGCAGACGGCAAGUACGAUACGAUUUUCGAAUAUUUAA